AUGUAUCUCUUCAAUGAGGAAACAAACCACUCGCCUCAGACUGCCCAGGGUGCCGAGCAGCAAAGCUCCGUAGGUGUUAUGCAGCUUUGGGUACGGCGGAAGCAAGGAGAUGCUGGCCGCCACGUGAGGAUGGAGAUGAGAAGGACCGUCCAUGGCUGCCGAAAUGACACUGCGAAAGACUUGGGCGACCACGGUUCGGGUGCGAAUACGCCCAGAGCAGGUUCACGGAUCCCAUGCGAGUGGGGGAGCCCGGUGCCCCUUGCCCCUGCAUCUAUCUUGUUUGCCCGCGGAUGCAUUCAAGCUCAACUCGGCGUGACUGCGUACAGAUGCCGAGAUGGUGUGCGCAGAAGAUACUAUAAAGAUCCAACUACCCUGCUGCGCCCGACGCCGCCUCUCCCUCGCGCUCAGCCGGAGCAAGACCUCUUUGAAGCGCGUCAAAUCCGAAGUGGUGGUGUUGCUUUGCGAGUUUUGGAGCUCAAGGAUAUCGCGGAUGCGCUGCCAGGUCGUCCCGUGCGACAACGAAUCGGAAGAGUGCUUGUUCUCCUUGAUGUUGCGCUCCUUCUUCGCGACGCACUCCUCGGAGAACUGAUCAAUCACGCGUUCAGCCUUUCCGAUGAGGAGCACUCGCACGCGGACGCGGAGACAAUUGAGGGUGCAAGGGCGCGGAGCCGCGAGCACGGUUCAACACUCAACGUUCAAUGUUCAACGUUCAACAAAGAGCUGCUCACAGAGCGUCUUGCGGUGAUAAAAAGCGGAAAGUCGCCUCAGUCGAAGGAGUUCUUACAGCAAGCGAUUGGUGAAAGAGACUAUAGCGGAAAUGUAAAGAGGCAACAGGGAGGUGACAGUGGAUGUAGAAGACAUGAGUGCGUUCGGAUGCUUAGGCCAACGUGUGAGAUCGAUGCAGUCACGUGGAGAUUUGCCGCCCACCGGUGCACCAUGGCAGGCAUCGUAAAGGGUGACAACGGGCAGUAG